GUUUGACCUGGCAGUUGAAUAAAGAUAUAAUCGAAAAACAGAUCGUAGUUAACCUUAUGUCCACCGUUAGAGGUAAUGUCAUCACUAGCUUCCAACUUCCUCAUUAUAAUGUUGCUAAUUAGAUUUCCUCCAGAUUGAAUAAGGUAAUAAGCUCUUUGGCCUAGAGAUCACUGACCUGUAGUCAUAGAUGUCACACAGUAUAUAAAUGCACAUGAGUAACAAAUGUGGUGUAGGUAGGGUGGUAACAAUGACGUCAGCCAUUUCCAUGGUAACCAAAUAUGUUUAUCAACAGUCGGAAGUUUAAAAGUGCCAAAUAAGCCGAGAUAGUACAAGCCUUAACCUUACUAUAUCCCUAAAAUAUGGGUGAAAGAGCCACAGCGUCUGCCGAAGACACACUAGUACGUUACGACAAUCCCGUACUUGUAACGAAACAACCGGAAAAAGUUACAUCACCACAAGCCGCGACAGCUAUACAACCAUGUGUUCCAACCGAGGCUAAAAGAGAAACAGAAGAAAUACUAAACGCUAUUCUGCCGCCGAAGGAAUGGGAAGAAGAUGGUCAAAUAUGGACACAAAAGAUAUCUUCAACGCCAGCAACCAGACUCGAUGUCAUCAAUCUACAAGAGAUGCUGGACACGCGCCUGCAACAGCGACAAGCGAGGGAGACCGGGAUAUGCCCUGUUAGGAGACAGUUGUAUACGCAAUGUUUCGAUGAACUAAUACGACAGGUGACAAUAAAUUGCGGUGAACGAGGCUUGCUGUUACUGCGAGUGCGAGACGAAGCCCGCAUCACUAUGGAAGCUUACCAGACUCUUUACUGCAGCUCUAUCGCCUUUGGAAUGAGGAAAGCGCUGCAGUCGGAACAAGGCAAAUCCGACCUCAUGGAGCAAGUCGCGAAGCUGGAGGCGGAACGAUCAGCCUUGGAGAAGCAAUGUGCGGAGCUGAAGCAGAAGACGGAGCAGCUCGAGCGACGGGCGGCGGAGCUCCGCGCGGCCGAGGAGAAGAGGCACCAGGAGGAGUUGCUGGCUCUGAAGAAGACUAACGCACAGCUGAAGGCACAACUUGAAGGUAUCAUCGCUCCGAAGAAAUAGUUUUAAUUAUUCGAUGAUGAAUAAGAAACCUUUUAUAAAGUAGGUAUAUAUAAUACUUAUACGUAACAUUAACUCAGUUGAAUUAUGUUUCAAUUAUCUCGUUUGUUAAUAUAUUUUGUUCUUUGUUGUGUUAUAUGUUAGUAAA